GUGGCGGGCAGGAGCUAUGGAUGUGCACAUUGACCACUGGGAUUUGGACAAGCGGAAAGCCAAUGCUCUUCCUCCUUUUUGUUUCUCCCCAUCGGCGCGCACCGGGCGUCCCGCAGGAGACCAAUACCACGGAAUCCCCUCUGCCUCUCUUCUCCCUUGAAACACGCAAUCCCUUUCCCCUGUCCCCUCCUCCCGCCUCCUUUCUCCGCAUUUCCCUCCUACCCCCCCCCCCUGCUUGCCCCUUAUCUCCGUCAUCAUGGCGUCGCUUACCUCGUUCCCCCUCCGCCGGGUGCUGGUUUUGGCGCUGGUCUUCGCAACCUUGCUGCUCCUAUCCACCUCGACGGCUGUGAGCGCCGGGAAGAAGUCUUCAUCCGACAAGGCCGCCAAAAAGUACGCCAAGGCUGAGAAGUACGCCAAGGCUGAGAAGUAUGCCAAGGUCGAGAAGCAUGCCAAGGUCGAGAAGCAUGCCAAGGCCGAGAAGCAUGCCAAGGCCGAGAAGUACUCCAAGGCCGAGAAGUACUCCAAGGCCGAGAAGUACUCCAAGGCCGAGAAGCAGGCCGCCAAGGCAGAGGCUGCCGCCGCUAAGAAGGCUCGGAAGCCGGUGUCUCUCGAGGGGACCAAGAUCGUGGCCUCUGCCUCGAUCUCGGACGACGAGGUCCCAGUUGCCCAGGUGGCUGUGGUCGAUGCCGGCGCUGCCGCUGUCCCUGUUUCCGCCCCCGCCCUGGCGCAAACUUAUGUCAAGCUGGAUAAGGCUCUGGCUCGGGCCGAGAAGGCUGGCCUGAAGGCCGACAAGGAGGCCCUCCGGGCUGAGAAGGCCCUCUACAAGGCGGCCAAGGCCCAGCGCAAGGCUGCCUUCCAGUCUGUCUGGCAGGAGUAUGCCGCCGGGGCGGGCUAUGCCCCGGGGCCUCUCGGGGACUAUGCUCUGCCGAAGAAGGAUAAGCUGCUCAAGUACACCGAGACCCCGAUCGAACGGUCUAUGCGAAAGAUUGAGGAGCUUGAGUUCAAGCUGGCCCGUGAGCGCCUGACCCUGGAGUGGCUCCAGAGCCAGGAGGCCGCCGAGCAGACCUUCGCUCCGGGGGUGGUGAUCACCCUGACCUCGACCGGCCACGCUGGCGAGGCUGACGCCGAUGGCCCGGCCACAAAUGAUGAGGGCGAGGCCGGCGCCGACAGCGCUUUCACCAAUUCCACCACCUCGGCCAGUGCCGAGUGAGCGGUGGGCAAAAAAAAAAAGGCGGCCGCGCAAAGACAAGCCGUGCCCUGUGAAAGAAGCAGGAAGGGCAAGGAGAAGGGCGGUGCCGAGGGAGAGAUGUCUUUGAAGAAACAUCACACGCAUUCUCUCUCUCCCCCCCCCCCACACACACGCCACUCUUUGUCAAAAAUAAAGGACGGCACCAACGGCGUAGGUGCCUUCGCCCUCUCCUUUUUCAAUCCGAAGAAGGGGAGAAAAAAAAGGAGAAAAAACGAAGCGAGCCCAAGC